UACCUGCGGUGCACCGCCACCGUGCCUGUCCUGGCGUUCUUGCUUCGAUUGAUCUUGGUCACUAACCCAACCGCAGCUGAAUUCACUUUCAUGACAGAACGCGUCUCCGAUACCCUCCAUGCAUCAAAAGCAGACGUCUGGUACCUCAAGGAGAUCGCGUUUGGAAGCACGGAGUCAAAGCGAAAAUUAAAGAUCAUUACACAGAAUUUCAAUGGACCGUGCUCGUUCAUUGCUAUAUGCAAUAUCCUGCUCCUGCGAGGACAGAUUGAGAUCCUGCCCUAUGAACGCGGGACGGUGUCGUAUGAGUUCCUUGCGCAGCUCGUAGGGGAGUAUCUCCUCAUGAGCUGUCCGGACAUUGACGUCUCUGCUGCGCUCUCGAUCAUGCCUAGUACCACAAAGGGCCUCGACCUCAACCCGCUCUUCACAGGCCCUACGUCUUUCCGUCCUGCAGGAGAAGGUGGGGAAUUGAAGUUGUUCGAGCAAGCGGGGAUUGAGCUAGUGCAUGGGUGGCUUGUUGACCCUGAGAGUGAGGAGUAUAGGGUGAUGAAGCAUGUGCGUGAUUAUGAUACUGCAGUGACGCUUAUUGCGGACGCGGAUCAUGUUACGAAGGGUCAGUUGUUAACUCAGACUGCGGAUGUGUGGGGUGGGGAUGCGGGGGGUAGUAGUCAAGCGGAGGGUAGUAGUGGAGCGGGAGGUGGGCCGAGUGGCUAUGCAAGCCAUACUAGCCCAUGCGAUAGUUAUUCGGAGAAGGAUAAAGAGAAGAUCGAACAUGCGCUGGUGUCACAGGCGUUCUUGGAUAGUACUAAGUCUCAAUUGACGUAUCAUGGACUGUUUCAACUUGCGUCUGUGCUGCAGCCUGGGUCGCUUGUCGCGCUGUUCCGAAACUCGCAUCUUUCUGUGCUGCACAAACGAGAGGGGGAGGACUCGUCGCUUUACAGUUUGGUCACAGAUCAUGUGUUCCUGCAAGAGCCAUCGGUGGUGUGGGAGCGUCUGGAAGACGUCGAUGGGGUUGGCUCGACGUUUGUGGACUCGGAUUUCGUUAGAUCGACGCCCGUGGGAGGCGAUUUUGCUGGACACACGGCAGAAAGCGCAUUGCAGGCUCUAGAGAUGGAAGCAAACCCAGACGCGGCAUUAGCACGACAGCUGCAAGCGGAAGAAGACGGGCGAUCACAUGAGAUAUAUAUGCGGCGGCAGAGGCAGCAGGAAAUUCGGCGGGUACAAGAGCGGGAAGAGGAGGAGAGGAAACGGAAGAAUGAGGAUGGGGCGAGUAGAAAGAGUAAGAAGAGGAAGGACAAGUGCGUUAUCAUGUAGGAAUGGAUUUGAGUACGGGGACUAUACCCAGGAAUAUUAUUAUAUGUAAUCAUCUUAUAGGAGGAUGGCUGCUGGAUCUACGUCAACGUGCGAAUAGAACCCUGGGACUGGAUUGGUCAGUG